UAUAUAUGCAUACACUAAAGUCCUGUUUGUUUCCCAAAGCUUCUUAGUUAAUACAAAUUUUUUAUUGCGAAUCUCAUUUUUAAAAUUACAUUAAAAAAAAAAUAUAAAUAUUUGAAAAUAAACAAAAAAUACAAGACAAUGGAUCGUGAAUUAAUAGAAAAAUUUAUUGAAGUCACUGGAGAAUCUGAAGAAACUGCUGUUCAAUAUCUAACAAUCGCUGACGGUAAUGUUGAGCAAGCAAUCACGCUGAUGUUUGAAAGUGGACCUGUACCAGCACAAAGAAUUGCUCCUGAUGAUGAACCAGAAGUUCGUCCUCCUAUUUCACCAACACAAGAAGUUUUAGUGCCAGAUGAUUCUAUUUAUGCUCUUCCUCGAGCUUCCAAGAGUGUCUUUGACAGGUUCAGAGAUUUCUCCGUUGAAAUACGUAGACAAGAGGAAGAAAUGACAAGACAAGUAAGUGGUGAGAAAAUACCUUCUCAUUGUAAAACAAAACGUCUUGAAGAUCUAUUUCGUCCUCCAUACGAUAUAUUAUUUUUGGGAACAUUUGUCGAGGCUCGUGAAUACGCAAAGUCGAAAAAUCGUUGGCUUCUAGUUAAUGUACAAAACCCACAAGAAUUUGCAUGUCAAAUGCUUAAUAGAGAUGUUUGGUCUGACAAACAAAUAAAAGAAAUAAUUAAAGAUCAUUUUGUUUUAUGGCAGGUAUUGUCAGAUACCGCCGAUGGACGAAGAUACAUUGACUUUUACAACGUGCUUGACUAUCCUUAUCUAGCAGUUGUUGAUCCAAGAACUGGGGAAUGUAUGCGCUCAUACAAUACAAUAUCAAUGGAUCAUCUUCUAACUGGAUUGAAUGACGUGCUCAGCUCUCAACCAUCACCAGACUGUAGCUCAGACUCACCCGACGUCGAAGCCUCACAUUGCGAGCCAACAUCAUCAGCUAAACGUGGUGGUCAUUUUAAUAAUUCGAAAGAUUCCGGUAGGAGAAUUAAAAAAUCACGUGUCUCUAUUGAUCCAACAACUUCAGUUGGUUUUAAAAGUCUGAAUGGGGAGCCAUCGGUCAGUACAAGUACUGGAAGUAGCGCCGUAAUUCGCGGAAAACGAAGUCGCAUGGAGAUUGAUAACGCUGAUGGUGAUCCUGCUGAUGAAGCUGCUAUGCCUACAAAAGAAGACUCGGUGGCUAAAACUUCUAACAGUACACCGACGGUAUCAAAUGACAAGAGUAAACCGUCAACUUCGAGUUACAAUAGUAAACCAUCUACUUCCACUUACAAUAGUAAACCUUCUACGUCUAGUUAUAAUAAUACACCAUCAACUUCAACAAACAAUAGUAUACGGUCUACUUCAAGUAAAAAUGAAAUUGCUAAUGGUGAAUUGUCAUUACGAUUGUGUUUGCGAUUACCUGGUGGUGAACCAGAAACAAUUUCGAUGCGUGCUACCGACACUAUUGAGUGCUUUAUAAAACGCAUUGAAGACAUGGGAUACUCACGAACAGAGCACACAUACUUAAUUCCAUUUCCAAAAACAAAUGUAGGUGCACUACCAACGGAUUCACAAUUACGUGACACUGUUUUGUAUCCAUCAAGUACAGUAUUCAUUACAAAAGUCUAAAAAAAAAUUCACUAUUUUUAUUUCUUUUAUUUCAUUGCAUAAAAUCAUUUUAUUUCAUAAAAAAAAAUCACUGCCAUUUUAUUUUAACAUUUUAUAAAUUUUGACAAUAUUACCGAGAGGAUAAUCAAUUUUCGACUCAUUUCUUGUUUUUCUUUUUAAGUUAAUUUAUUGGUAAAUUAAAAUUAUUAAAUAUAUACAAAAUAUUCACUGCCAAUUACUGAGAUGUUUAUAUUUUUUCUCAGUAAUAAUUAGUUAGUUUUUUUUUCUAUUUUUAAUUAAAAUGACUAAAGUUUUGUCUUCCUCAAAAUAUUCCUGGCAGAUCCGAAUUGCGGUAUUCGGCAGAAUUACAGUAAAUUAUGGUAUUUUAACGUCAAAUUGCGGUAUGGUACCGUAUAAGUGCGGUAAAAUGGCGGUAUUUCAUUUUCAAAGUCCGGAUUUACUGCAAAAUUACGGUAUUUUAUUAUAAAGAGAAGUAUUGUACCGGAAUUACGGUAAUAAUGCCGUAAUUUACAGUAAAUUACUGUGGAUUUUUGUAAAUCGCCGUAAAAUUCGACAAAGUCACCCUAUUAAUACGGUAUUUUGCGGCAAUAUGUGCUAAUUUACGGUAAAACCGUAAUUCGAGUCUGCGUAAAAUGAAAUAUUUUACCGGAGUUACGGUAAAAAUGCCGUAAUUUACAGUAAAUUACCGUCGAAAGCGGCAAAGUCACCCUAUUAAUACGGUAUUUUGCGGCAAAAUGUGCUAAUUUACGGUAAAACCGUAAUUCGAGUCUGCGUAAAAUUAAAUAUUUUACCGAAGUUACGGUCAAAAUGCCGUAAUUUACAGUAAAUUCCCGUACAUUACUGUAACUUGCUGUAAAAUGCAGCAAAUUUGAUGUAUCAAUGCGGCAUUUUGUGGUAAAAUCCAGUAAUAAACAGUAAAUACCGUAAUUCGGAUCCGCUAGGGAUAUUUAACCCCAUUCUCAUAAUUUUUAAACACAUCACAUUCAUUAUUAUUAUUUGUUUAUCUUUUUAUAUAAAAGUAUUAAAUAAUCUGAUUGAACAUAAUUUUUGAUAUAAACAUUUAGUUUAAUAUAAAAAAGAAAAUAUAUGUAAUAAAUAAAUAUAAAAGCUUAGUUGUUUGUAAACCGACGAAAAUAAAAUUUUAUUAAUUGAUACAGA